AUGCACACCUCCGGCGGUCUCCGAAGCGAAGAGGCCAGCGACGCGGCAUGGGAAGCCGGACGGGGCGCCGUGGUGGGAGCUGCAAAAUGGGGGUUCUUCUCAGCUAUCCUGGGGGGCGUGGGAUGGAGGAUAAGUCCGAUAUAUAAGGGGCUGACUAUCCAGUUCAAAGUAUGUCAGGUAGGUAAUAUACGGACGCAGCUCGGCCGCAUGUGGAACGUGAAAUGGAAAGCUAAUUGUGUUUCUAUGUUGAAAGGCAUGAUUCUCGGUGCUUGCUUGGAAGCUGAUCAGAGGGUAAGGGAGUAUGAGGCGAAGGUGCGGAUGCAUAAGAGGAUGGUGCGGGAUCGCGCGGUGUGGGAGAGCUACGAGAAGGAGUUUAAGGAGCCUUCUGAGAAGAAACCCUGA